UUAAAACUAUAUACACUCUGUAUUUACUCAAGCGAUAACACGUAGAUAGUGGCUGACAGCCGCACACGUAUUUAAUGCUCAGGACUAGACGGAAGGUCGAAAGAACAGGGAAGCCAUGUUGGAUUUUCAGUAAACUUCUCCUGUGAUCCCGGCAUCAGAAAUGCAUCCCCGGCGCAGUGCUCAGGAAGUCCUACUGUGUGACCUCUGUGAAACUGUCCCCCUACAGAGUCACUGUGAACUUUGUAAUAUAAACUUAUGCAAGGCCUGUGUUGGGGAGCACCUCUCAGAUUUGUCUAAAGAUCACAAAGUCGUGCCCUUUUUACGCAGAAAGGCUACCCCUAACUACCCAAAAUGUCCAGACCACGCCGAUAAACACUGUGAAAUUUACUGUGAAAAAUGCGAUAUUCCUGUCUGUUCUACCUGCGUCACUUCAGGUAAACACAAAGGCCACGAAAUAUCAGAUAUUCUGGAAAAACUCAGCGCUAAAACAGAAAGUUUACAAAAAGAUCUUAAAGAAUUAGAGACCAGAAUUUAUCCCCGAUAUGAAAUAAUGGUGUCUAAUGUCGAAACUGAGAAAGCCGAAUUAGAAAGGAAUUACGGGAAACUGACGACAGAUGCCGAUGAACAAGGAGAAGUCUUACACAGGGAGAUUACCGCCAUUGUCAACCAGCGGAAAUCCGCCAUUACGGAGAUGAAAACUAAACAUCUGGACGCGCUAAAUAAAAAUACAUAUGAAAUCACACAGAAAAUGGCGGAACUCAAACAGAUCAUGUCCGACUUGAAAUCAAUCUUAAAAUCAAAUGAGGUAUCCUUAACCUCUACUUACAAAUCUAGGAAUUCUGAAUUUAGAACAUUACCGCCUAAAGUCCGAGUCACAUUACCCAGUUUCUCUCCUCAGAAAAUAAACAAAGAUCAGCUCAAUGAAAUGUUUGGUUCUCUGCCGCCAUUAUCCAUUAACACAGAACAUGGCGACACAAUGAAGUCAGCAGAAGCUGUAUCGUCUCCUCCAGUCAAACCACUGCUUGAUGAGCCGCGCGUCACCGCCACCAUAGACACUGGGUAUAAACAACUACACAGUGUUAGCUGUCUGAGUGAAGAUCAAGUCUGGACAUGCGGGGAUAACAAAACCAUGAAGCUGUUCAACCUCCAGAGUAAACUACUGACAUCAAUAAAAACCAAGUCAGGGAACCCACCACAGGACAUAGCAGUGACACGGGACGGAGAUCUUGUUUAUACUGACUAUAUAGAUAACACUAUAAACUUAAUAAAGAAUAAACAGAUACAGACCGUGAUCACACUACAGGGGUGGAGUCCUCGCUCUGUCUGCUGUACCGCGGGUAACGAUCUCCUGGUUAUCAUGGUCAGUGAUGAUUGGAAACAAUCCAAAGUCGUGCGUUACUCCGGCUCCACAGAGAAACAAAGCAUUCAGUUUGAUGAUCAGGGUCGUCCUCUCUACUCAUCUGGUUAUUACACUCUCUACUCAUCUGGUUAUAUCUAUAAAUACCUCAGUGAGAACAGGAACCUGGAUAUCUGUGUGGCUGACCGGUCAGCUAGAGCAGUAGUGGUGGUCAAUCAGUCAGGAAAACUCCGAUUUAGAUACACUGGUCAUCCCUCUAAUACCGAGCAAUCAUUUAAUCCACGCGGCAUCACUACAGACAGCCAGAGUCACAUCCUGACAGCAGACUUUAACAAUUACCGUAUCCACAUCCUAGAUCAGGACGGACAGUUCCUCCGUUACAUUCACUGUGAUUUAGAACGUCCACGGGGUUUAUGUGUGGACAUCAGAGACAACCUCUUUGUGGCUGAGCAUGACACUGCUAAAGUGAAGAAAAUCCAAUAUCUAUAAACACAGUGUUAAUUACACAUCUCUACAGUGUUAAUUACAUCUACCAACACAGUGUUAAUUACACAUCUCUAUAGUGUUAAUUACAUCUACCAACACAGUGUUAAUUACAUCUACCAACACAGUGUUAAUUACUCAGCUCUCUACACAGUGUAAUUUACAGAAAUGUGUUAAUUCCUUUUACUUGUUAAUUACAGCCCUGUGUUAAUUACAGCCCUGUGUUAAUUACAGCCCGGUGUUAAUUACAGCCCUGUGUACAUUACAGUCCUCUGUUUGUGAUGUGUAACAUGUACUUGUGUUUGUGAGUUUAACAGAACAUUAUUUUGUUUGUGAAUUAAUUUGUGUUUGAUUUUACAAUGUAUAUAUUAGAUAAACAUGAUACAGAG